AUGAAGAGCAGGAAGUAUGAAAUGGAGAAGGAUGAGUUUUUCAUUAAUGCUGUUCUAGAAGACUGCGAGAUCAACGACUUUUCCUGGGAGUUUAGCGAAAUAACGAGCAAUUCCGACAUACGAAGCAGCGUACGAGCCUUGGAUGGAUUUGACUCUGACAGUGAUGUGGAGCUUAUAUCGCGAAUGGAUGUGGAGUCGCCUCUGUGUGAGAAGGAGGGGGGCGAUGACACAUCGUCUGGAAGCGGGCUUAAAAGGAACCUGGGGAAGCUGGAGUUGGGUGGUGUGCCUGGAAAGUCUGUUCUAAGAAGAGCAGAUGCAUGCCUGGACGGCGAGAUUGGAGACAGAUGCCUAUCUCUGGAAAGCAGGGUGAUGAGAGGCGAUGUGGACUAUGAGUACUACUCAUCACUUGGAGAGGACCUUUCUGACAUAAGCAUUGUGUCUGUUGAGGAGGCUCAGGGCUCUGGCGACGGGUGUGGGCGGUCUCCGGGGGAAAGAAGGGACGCGGUAGUGGAGAGGUUCCCCGACUCGUGCAGUCUUAACAACGACUGUAUCAGGGCAACAUUUCUCAAGUCGUCCCUGGAAGACAAGGGAGAUGUGGACGACUCCUUUCCAGCACACGUUCUGGAGGAAUCUUCUCUAUCGUCUUCUGAAGACUCCGAGGCAAAGUCGAUAGAGGAGUUCUAUCUCCGGGAGGUCUUCAAGAUGAAGGAGUUCAGGACCAACCAGAGGGAGGUGAUACAGGCGUGUUUGUCUGGUAAGGAUGUGUUUGUUCUGAUGCCCACCGGGGGAGGGAAGAGCAUUUGCUACCAGCUGCCUGCUCUUGUGUAUGACGGAAUCACGAUUGUUGUCAGCCCCCUUCUUUCUCUUGUGCAGGACCAGAUCCGGAACCUUCUGCAGAAAGGCAUCCUUGCACUCCCGAUCAACUCGAACCUAAGCCGGGCAGAGAGGGAUCUUGUGUUCCAGGUUCUUGGGGGCGAUGAGCUGAUAUGCAAGAUAUUCUAUGUGACACCGGAGCUUAUUGCAAAAAGCGGCCACUUCCACGAUGUGCUGUCUGGACUGGUGUGCCGAGGAAGGCUGAAGAGAUUUGUGAUAGACGAGGCACAUUGUGUCAGCCAGUGGGGACACGACUUCAGGCCCGACUACAAGGAGCUUGGAAGCAUGAGAGCAAGAUAUCCGUCUGUCCCGAUUAUAGCGCUGACUGCGACUGCAACACAAAAGGUUGAGAUGGACAUUCUGGAGAAUCUCGGGAUCCGUGGGUGCGAGACAUUCAAGAUGAGCUUCAACAGAAGUAAUCUGCGAUACGAGGUGAGGGCAAAGACCAGCACUGUUGAGCUUGACAUUGCCAGCUUUGUCCAAACACACUUUCCAGACUGCUGCGGAAUAAUCUACUGCACGUCGAAGAAGGAGUGCGAGAUGAUUAGUGAGAAGCUGGGGAAGUAUAUGGGAACGGCAUUCUACCAUGCAGGACUCAGUAAGAAUGAAAGGAACAGCGUACAGGAGAAGUGGAACAGGGGAGAGUUUAAGGUGAUUGUUGCAACGAUAGCAUUUGGGAUGGGGAUUGACAAGAAGGAUGUGAGGUUUGUGAUACAUUACUGCAUACCGAAAUCGCUGGAGGGAUAUUACCAGGAGACGGGGAGGGCAGGAAGAGAUGGUCUGGAGAGUGUGUGUGUGCUGUUCUAUACGUAUGGAGACAAGAAGAAGAUAAGCUUUAUGAUUGAAAAGGGUGAUGGGGGGUAUGAGCAGAAGCAGAGGCAGAGGGAAGAUCUGGAGGCGGUGAUCCAGUUCUGCGAGAACAAGACGGACUGUAGAAGAAUGCAGGUGCUGGCGCACUUUGGAGAGAGGUUUGAUCCUCAGAUGUGCAGAAAGACAUGCGACAACUGCAGGAGAGAAGGCGUUGUCAAGAAGGACUAUACAAGGGAGGCGCGUGACCUGAUUCUCCUGGUGUACACCAGCAGCAGAAUCACACUGUGCCAGGCAGUGGAUGUGUACAAAGGAUUGUCGAACAAGAAGAGCAGAGAGUACUCUGGAAGUGAAUACUAUGGAAAGGGAAAGCGCCUGAGAAAGACAACGAUUGAAAGGAUUCUUCGAAGCCUCAUAAGCCAUGGAUAUAUCCAAGAAAGAAUAGAGUUUAUGGAAAGGAGGUUUUCAUGGUCCUAUCUUGUGGCCAAGAAGACGAGUGUUGAUCGGCUUGAGCUGGCUGAGGAGGAGGAUGAAGGGCACAGGACUCCCCGGGACGGGAAGAAGAGGGAAGGCCCAAAGGGAGGCACGAGCAGAAAGGGGAUGAAAAAGAUUAAAAGAUGA